AUGGCAGACUUAUUUGAAUCUUAUGAAUCUGAUUUGCAAUUGGCAUUACAAGAAGCCAAAACCAAGUUAUCGCAGAUUUCUUCUGCUGAUCCCGAACAACGUAAAGCAUCAUUGAAAGCCAUUGAAAAUGCUACCGACGAAGCUUUGGAAGUGUUGGAUCAAAUGAACAUCGAAGUUCAAAACUUACCUUCUAAUCAAAGAUCAAGCUUCAAUAGCAAAAUACGCCAAUAUAAAAAUCAAGUGGAACAAAGUAAAAGUCAAUUGAAAAGAUUAUUAGACGACCAAGAUAGAAAUGAAUUGUUUGGUUCUAGAUACACCGAUGGCGACGAGGAAUUGGGAGGGGAUGACUUGAGAGGAUCCCAAAGAAAACAAUUGUUGAGUAAUAAUGCAUCGUUGGAAAGAUCCAGUGAACGAUUAAGAGACAGUCAAAGAGUAGCGUUAGAAACUGAAACAAUUGGUGGUAACAUCUUGGACGAUUUAAGGGCUCAAAGAGAACAGAUAUCCUAUUCCAGAAAUACCUUAUCCAAUGCUGAUAACUACGUCGAUAAGUCGAUCCAGACCUUGAAGUCGAUGAGCAGAAGAAUCACCGCAAAUAAGUUCAUCAGUUAUGCAAUCAUUGCGGUUUUGAUCCUAUUGAUUUUCUUAGUUCUUGCUAGUAAGUUUUGGUAA